GUUUCAUCAUCACUACCAACACUGUGUCUGUUUGUCUUAAUACACCUUCCAUAUAGCAAACAGGCUUAUGCUAUGUGGUGUACAACAGGAGGUUUGUGUGCUCAUUCAUAUCCGGGGUUUAAGUAUCUAAUUAGUAUCAAAGCCAGCACCAGCUAAUCUUCUCAACACUGACUCAACAUGUGACCUGCUAACCAACGUUAAGGCCAAUCGGUAGCCUGAGCAACACAAAGACGACAACUGCUUUGGUUUACGGUGGCUGUAAAAUGGCUGCUCUCUUGUUGGGAUUGGUGCAAAGUUUGGAAAGUCUGCAUACUUUUCAGCAUACUGAUGAGUCCAAUACACUUGGCGCUGGUUAUGUCUCCGAAUUACACAUAUACCUGUAACAAUAACUUCUUCAGAGAGACACCACAAGUUUGGGGUGUGUAACCCAGGAUGUUUGGGCACAGAUUUAGAUUCACGAUUGUCCUUAUUAACACAGUCAAUCCACACUGUGCAGGCCAGUGUCCUGCAUGCACAUUUCUAUCCUCCACAGAUGAGAAGACAAAGUUCUGAAGGUUGGACAGGGGCUAUUUGGACAGGAAUUAAGGGGUGUGUUAAAUUUCUGCAUGCAUGAUCAAUGGGGUUGCAUGGUGGGGAUGGGGUUUGGGGUGGAAGGGAGGGCUUUAGGCUCAGGCAGAGGACGACAGAGAGCUAGUAUCGAGAAAACAGGGAGAGACAGCCAGCAAUAGCUCACUAAUGAGAGAUGGACAGUGUGGAUUGUAGCUCAUUAUCAAUCAACGUAGCUUUGAGUUCUCCGGAGAGGGAAAAUGCGAGCCUUGCUGUGUGCUGCGUGUGGUCCAUUUCGAUAAACCCAGCUUGUGUGGAGGGGCAUUAGUCACAGCCGUAUCUUAGCUGUUGGAAAUACACACACAUCGCCCUCUGUCCGUUUUGGUGAGGAGUUUUCGCUGAAUAGUACAAUGGGACUUAAUUACAGGUCAGUGGCAUGUCUCAGGGAGAUAGAGGGAGCUCUGUUACCCUUUCCAAAUACAGUAUAAUGCCAUCUUCCCAAGGGUGGGGUGGGGUAACAAGAGCUCUACACAAAAAGGUGCUGAUAGGCUGAACCUGAGAAUGGUCUAAGGUAACCAGGCAGAGAAAGUGAGCGUUUUACACUGAAAGAGAGAGAAAAGAUAAAGGACUACAUUAACUCUCAAAGGUGUGCUCCCUUUCAGUUUGCCCUCUUUCCUUUCCAGUCCACUUCCAACUUAUCAUUCCUGCCAAACAAGAAGGGGGGGGAUCAAAGACAAAGGGAUCAUCAAUUGGGAAAUCAAGAAGUGUGAUUGAUAGAAGUCUGUGUGAACAGUUACGGAGGAAUUUCUGAGUUUAGGGAGAAGUUAAAAGAAAUGGCAAUAAACAUGCUUGCAGUCUUUUAAAGGACAGUCAGGUGGUCUUUAAAAACAAUAAACAACCUAAACUGCACUUGACAUUUAGACUGGUCCUUCAAACCAGGGAAGGAAACGAAAAUAUGUCCUCAUUGAGAGCAACGGUAGAACACAAGGCAGUGAUAUAAACAUAAACAUGGUUAUAAUAUCAACAGGUGAGCAAAUGGGGCUCAAAAUAAUAACAUAGUAGUAAUAACAGUAUUUUAUUCCCCCCUUAAGCUUGUGACCCCUUAUAAUAAGCUGUUAGUUGUAUACAUUUCAAGUGUUAUACAAUUGUUGUCAGUUCCACCGAAGAGGGAUUUUAUCUGUAAACUUCUCACACUCAACUUAGAUGCUCAAAACGUUUCGGUACAGAUUUAUGUCGCAGCGCUGUUUUUUAUUCCUCCUUCCUAUCACACUAAUCAAACAACCCCCCAUUUUUGUCAAUUGGAGACGGCCUGACCAUUAGGUUGGAAACAACCGGCCUUAACUACCCGACUGCAUAUAAAGUAGUUAAUAGAGACUUCAUCCGUGGACAAGAACAACGUUCUAUUCACACUAAUUUAUACAUAGAAUAUACAAUAAAAAAUAUGAUACUAUGUCAGUCCAGGGCUAGUUUUCUGUGAAACGAGUACUUUUACUCGUUCUAUUUACUACUAAUUUAUGUUUUUACUUAAGAUUAUACACAUUUCCCUGUGAUAUUGGUUAUUUUACUGAAGCAAAGGAUCUGUGAACAUCUUCCACCACAGCAUGUAACAUUAUGCAUUGCACACACAUGCCAACCUGCACACACAAAUAAAUGAUGUGAUGCAGAUUUGAACCAGCUUGUGAAUGCUGUUCUCUUGGUGAUAGGUGAUACUGUGUGCAUAUAACAGCCUCUAGCUUUGGUAACUCUGGUGUCGUUCACGUCCUGAGACCGGCGUGGCGCGGCAGCGCUCUCUAGUGGCGCGUGUGUGGAAAGACGUGUUUCAACUCAGCAAAUGUAAUGUUGUUCUGGGACUUUAUUGUGACAUUUAUAAAUACAUGCUUCCACAUUCAAGUUUGGAACCCCGUAACUUAAAUAAAAUGGUCAGAGGAGCUUAUCUAAAUGUGUCCUAAAAGUCAGUUGGACUGUAACAUUAAAAGAAGUAGUGUAAGUUUAGUGUAUAAAUACGUUGUCUCUACUUGUCGUCUUUGUCUGUUACAACCUGUUGCAGCGCUGCAUGCAACUGUAACAUGGCCUCAUGUUAAUUUAUUGUUUAUAAAUUGCACUUUGGUCACUGUUGGGGACUGAGGGAGUGGGGACAAAGUUCACAGGAUGCAUGUAAGGAGGAGGGGGUGAAGAGGAAGGUUAAAAAAAAAAGAAAAUUAACCUCUGAUAGCAAAACAGCAGGUGGAGAGCUGAAACCAGGCAGCUCAGGACGCAUUCGGAGGAAAUUCAACCCAGGAAAAAUGAAAUUAUCUGUUCUUUUAAGCUAAAGAGAGACUGCAAAUACAAUGAGGCCCAACGCUGCCUGUCUGGCUUGAAUGAGCCGGUGCACAUGAGAGCCGUGUUUGUUUGCAAAGCGGAGGCGAGGUAAGGCAUCAGAGCAAUGGAAGAGAGGUUAGAGGAAAGGGCCGCAGCGGCCACGGCGAAUCCCGGCCGCUUGACCGCACUUCAGGAGCAGCUGAUCUGGGCCCUGCUGGGAUCUGGACUGUCCCGGGACAUCCUGGUUCAAGCCAUAGGAGAGCUGGAGCGAGACAGGGCGAGUGCUGGCGCCGAGAGAGGAGAGAGGGGGGAUGGAGAGAGCUCCGAGGAAGGAGAAAUGGAUUUCCCGCCGCCAAUAUUCCGAGAGUUGGAAAAGCUUCUCCCAGAGGAGGCGGCCAAACUGAGGGCUGAAGUGGACCGGCUAUUGCAGGAGGACCCGUGGCACGUUGCUAAAAUUGUGAAAAGCUACAUGCAGCAGCACAACCUCCCUCAGAGAGAGGUGGUGGAGUCCACAGGACUCAACCAGUCCCAUCUCUCCCAGCACCUCAACAAAGGCACGCCCAUGAAGAACCAGAAGAGAGCCUCUCUGUACACCUGGUACGUCAAGAAGCAAUGCGAGAUCAGCCAGCGUGAGUACACAAGCAGCGGUGGAGCUGCUUUCAAACAUACAUCAAAUAUCAAAUCUCUAAAUCGCUGUGAAAAAUGUUGUAAAAAAGCUAUAAAUAAAAGAAGCUUUUCCUUUUCAGAAUUUACCAACGCAAAACAUGGCCUUGGAUCUGCAGAGGAGCAAGGAGAAGACACCAGGAAGGGACGGAGGAACCGCUUCAAAUGGGGUCCGGCAUCCCUGCAGAUCCUCUUCCACGCCUACGAUCGGCAGAAGAACCCCAGCAAAGAGGAGAGAGAAGGUUUAGUUGAGGAUUGUAACAGGGCGGAGUGUCAUCAGAGGGGGGUGUCUCCGUCUCAGCUUGCCGGCCUCGGCUCCAACCUGGUUACCGAGGUCCGGGUGUACAACUGGUUCGCCAACCGCCGGAAAGAGGAGGCGUUCCGUCACAAACUGGCUCUCGACACGCCUUUUACCAGCCAGUCCACCUCCUCUUCUCACCACAACCUCCCCCCGAGUCCGGAGCAAGGUGUCAAAUACAGCCAGCAGAUCCUGUGUGACACCUUGAGCUCAGCGAGAGGAAGCUUGGGGGACAGAGUCGGUCAUCUGAUGGUCAGCCCGAUCCAGCUGGAGCCCAGCCACACACUCCUCGAGACGCACAACCCCAAGCUGGUGUCCAGCGGUGGCCCACUGCCCCCGGUAAGCACUCUGACCUCGCUGCACAGCCUGUCGGCCUCCCCUGCCUCCUCGCAGGGCCUCAUCAUGGCCUCGCUGCCCAGCGUCAUGAGCAUCGGGGAGUCGUCACUUCUCAUUGGUAACAUCGCCCUCGCUAGUUCACCCUCUCAUCUCUGUCAAGAAAUAAACCUGAAAAGAACAAAUGUGGCCUUUGACAGGUUUAGCCUCCACGCAGCCUCAGGCCGUGCCUGUUAUCAACAACGUCGGGGGAAGUUUCACCACUCUCCAGCCAAUCUCUUUCCAGCAGCAGCUUCACGGCUCUCCCCAGCAGCCGCUGUCACACCACCUGCAGAGCCACAUGGGGGCCAGUCCCUUUAUGGCGACCAUGGCGCAGCUGCCGUGUCACAUGUACAACAAGUCGGAUUCGCCUCAGUACCACACGUCCAGUCUGCUGUCUCAGGCCAUGGUCAUCACGGACAGCAGCAGCCUGGGGACGCUGACCAGCCUCACUGCCGUAAGACAGAUUCUCACAGCAGAUCCCGAGGAACAGAGGGGAUCACCUUUAGAAGAAGACUCCCUCCACCUGCAGCCGCACACACCUGUGCCAGCUUCCUCCGACAGGCUGGAGCUGUAUCCUGCCUCUCAGUCGACGGAGAGUCAUCAGUCUCACCUGCUGUCACCUUCACCAGCAGACAUCAGCGCCUACAUCCCCACACAAAUGGUCUCUACUGCUCAGUAGAAGUGCUCUGGCAACUGAGCGUCUCCUCCCGGUCAGUCGGGUGGACAUUGUGUUUUGGAUGCACAGCUACCUGUGGUGUAAAUGACCAGAAGAGCCUGGACUCAGGGCCCCGGGGUCGUGUUUCAAAGGCUCUCUGAAACUCCAAUGUAAUACGAACAAGAAAUGGCAUUAGAGAAGAUUCACUUUUGAUACAACAAUAAACUGAAAAAUCAACACUAAAAUGUAUUUUUAUUAAAAUGUUUGGUAACAUUAAGAAACUGUGCAUUAAAUUGAAACUUUAAA